AUGAAAUAUCUGACGAACGACGAAAGGCACAAACUGGCAGGUAACUACUUUGCCCCUGAGGGGCUUUAUGAGUAUACCAAAAGCUUGCCUUUCGUCGGCCAAGUCAAAAGCAACAUAUCAUCACUGAUUGCUGGCGAAUGGACUGAAAUUCUGUUAGAAUAUGAGGUCGGCGCAUCAGGCCUCGCUGAUGGGGCUUGGAUCAAAGGGACAUUCAAGUUUUACUCAGACUGGGCGCUUUUCCAAACAUCAGAUUCCUCCAAGGAUAACUAUGUCAGUGCUGAAUACGUGCCCAAAACGCUCUUCCCUGGCCAGACCCCAGCCACAGUGCAGUCGUUGGGUAUUCGUUUUGACCAAAAGGGACAUGAAAGACCUUUCCAAAAAGCUGUUAUUGUCGAUAUUCAAGAUGGGUUUUUGAACCCUGGUGACAAGAUUCUCAUUCGCUUGGGAGAUCGCCGAUUUGAAGGACGGGGUACAAGGGUGCAGACCUUUGUCGAGAAAGACUUUCGUUGGCGAUUUUACAUCGACCCUGUUGGGACCUCUCGCUUUGCUCCCAUUCAGCCCGAUAUAUGCUUGGAUAUCGUGGCAGGUCCUAUUCAUCGUGUCCAGACCGUGUCACCAAGAUUGCUUCGUCCAAAUGUUCCUUUUGCAAUUCACGCACACGCCGAGGACAUUUGGGGAAACGUGACUCGUGAUUUACCGAGCGUUUUGUUCAAGCUCGUUGUGUCUGAUAGUGCUUCGAAGCCUGUGAUCGAAAAGGAGUUGACUGUCUCUGCUCAAGGAUGGACAAAUGCUGUGUUUCCAGAUCUCAUUUUGCAAGGCGAAGACGAUUACCUCGUGGAUGUUACCUUGGAAGCAGAUGGUGGAUCAGUGAUUGCUUCGAAGCACACCCACUUAACAACGUCGCCUGACCUUUCGGUGCCGAAGGUCUUCUUUGGCGAUCUCCACGUACACUCCGAUGACACAGUGGGCACUGAAUCAUCAAGUUAUAAUUUUUCAUAUGGCCAAGAGAUCGGUGGUCUGGAUGUUCUUGGGUAUACUGCCAACGACUUCCAAAUAACGAAGGCUCGCUGGGAAGCAACAACAGAGCUGGUAAAGUCCCUGAACGAACCUGGGAAGUUCGUGAUUUUCCCUGGCACCGAAUGGUGUGGAAACUCCGCAGCUGGAGGCGACCAUAACGUGGUAUUCCUUGCGGAUCCUGCUAGAUAUCCACCCGAAUUUCCCUUCGAUCGUCACGGAAAUGUCGCACGCUCGUUUGAAUGGUCUGAAGAUGGACCUAGUACUCUCACACCGGGAGCAUGGCCACUCGAUGAGGUAUACGGUAUUUACGCUGGCGAUGCAGAAUCUCACCUCUUGAUCCCGCAUGUCGGUGGACGUCGUUGUAAUCUAGCCUGGCACCAUCCAGAGCUCGAGCGAUUAGUUGAGAUCGGCAGUGCGUGGGGCCAUUUUGAAUGGCUGCUCCGAGACUCUGUGCAGAGGGGCUGGAAGCUUGGUGUUUCUGCCAACUCUGAUGAGCAUCGUGGUCGUUGUGGUGGUGGAGUACCUGGCACGGCAGUGUUUGGAACUCGUGGCGGUCUCACUGGAAUUCUAUCCCCGCGCUUGGAACGAGAAAGUGUUGCCAGUACUUUGCGUGCGAGACAUACUUUCGCUACAACUGGCGAAAGGUUAGUCGGGCUUGUUUCGACCAAAAGUGGCUCAACUAUUCAAGGAGAUGAGAUUCAGGUUCAAUCAAAUGCUGUCCUAGAUUUCAGUUAUCAUUUCUUGGGUGAGAAGGGGUUUUCUUCAAUUGAAGCUUUCGACGCUUCAGGCUUGAUCUGGCAGAGGAACCUUUGGUCUGAGUCUACUUCUAGACCAAGCAUUCUUCGGGUAACCUGGGGCGGUGCAAGGCUGUAUGAUAGAUACCGCGAGGCCAUUUGGAAAGGUACCAUCAGCCUUUCAAGCGACGCCACGGUGAAAAACGUUGAACCUUUUGGUGGUCUGGACUUUAACCCGGAAGACUCUGCGCACAUAUACACAGGUCACUCAGUGGAAUUCUCAAGCAAAACCAGCGGUGACCUAGACGGAGUAAGCAUAGCUCUGCAUGGUGCAGCGACACCUUCUACUGUAACAGUCUCCGGUUCCCUGGGUGGGUAUGUCAAAGUGGGAGACCCAUUGGCUGGAAAUCGCCACAAGCCGCAGCCCAGCUUCAGAAUAGAAUCAUCCUGGGGAGAGGCAAAGCUUCCAGGUGGAAAGUUGAUUGAGAUACUCGGGGGCGCAGAGCUGUUUGUCCGCAUCAAGGCGAUUCCGAACGUAGUAUUGCCACGCCGAAUCCAGGGGAGUGCAACCUUUGCUGGUCAAAAACAAGGAACGCGGUCUAUUUACUUCGUAGGCCGCGAAUGGAGUGGAGAAAAAGUGAUCACCAGCCCAAUCUUUAUAAAUUAUGGACAAGAGGAGGUUAUGAUGGACUAA